UAAAUUUUAUACAUGUUGUUGAUUGAUUAUAAUCUGCACAAAUUUGGUGAUUUGUUGAACCAAAUUGAGUAUAUGAUAACACCAAAAUCUCUGUGAUCUCUGUAUUGUGACAUCAGAACAGAAUUACACAGCAAUAAACCGAAAAAUCGGAGUACUCGAUAUCGGUAAACGAAAAAAAAAGAUGCAGCUUUAUCAUCAUCCUUAUUCAUUAGACAGCCAAAAAGUGAGGAUUGCAUUAGAAGAGAAGAACAUCGACUAUACAUCGUUCCACGUUAAUCCAAUCACGGGCAAGAAUUUCGAUUCCAGAUUCUUCCGGAAGAAUCCGAGCGCAAAACUCCCGGUUUUCCAAAACGGUUCCCACAUUUUUUACGACACCAUAGAAAUCAUCCAGUACAUAGAGAGAAUCGCAAUGGUAUCUUCCGGUUUCGACGAAUCGACCCUGAGCAGCGGAGAAAUUGUCGAAUGGAUGUACGAAAUCCAACGAUGGAAUCCCAAAAUUUUCACCCUCUCUAACGUUCCACCAAAGUAUCGGCUCUCGGUUUCGAAAUUCCUAAGAGGAGUAAUAAUAGCAAGAAUGGCCGAAUGUCCGGAAUUAGCUAGCUCGUACCAUCUCAAACUGAAAGAGGCUUACGAAACGGAAGAUAAACUGCGGGACCCGCAAGUUAUAGUACGGAGCGAAGAGCAAUUGGAGAGGAUUCUCGAUGAAGCCGAAAGGAAACUUAGUGAGAGGAAGUAUUUGAUUGGAGAAGAGUUCACUUUGGCGGACGUUGUUUUCGUUCCUGUUUUGAGCCGAUUGGCCGUCUUGAAUUUGGAAGAGAAGUAUAUCGAGACGAGGCCGAAUUUGAGGGAGUACUGGAAUUUGGUGCAGAAAAGGCCUAGCUAUAAAAAGGUUAUUGGGAGGUAUUUUCAUGGAUGGAGGAAACAUAGAACUCUGCUAAAAACCUGGUACUUUGUGCAAAUCAGAAGUUUACUGAAACAAUAUUAAUUCACACAGAUGUAUAUAUAUAUAUAU